AUGAAAGCGGUGCGAUUUCACGGCAAAGAAGACCUGCGAUACGAGGACAUUCCCGAACCGAAAUGUGGCCCCGGCCAGGUCAAAGUGAAGCCGGCAUGGUGCGGAAUCUGCGGCAGUGAUCUCCACGAGUACAUGGGCGGUCCAUCACUCUGUCCGGAAAAGACACCUCAUCCCAUCACUGGCGAAACCGUCCCGUUGACUUUCGGCCACGAAUUCGCGGGCGUGAUUGAAGAGGUGGGAGAAGGCGUGUCGGACAGAUUCAAAGUCGGAAGUCGCGUGGUCGUCGCUCCGAUCAUCUACGAUGGUGACUGCGGUGCGUGCGAGGAUGGAUUGGUCAACUGCUGUUGGAAGAAUGGAUUCGUGGGACUGAGUGGGUGGGGAGGUGGACUGUCGGAACAUUUGGUCGUGCCGGAAUACACACUGUACAACUGUCCGGACAAUGUCCCGUUGGAUGUCGCAGCGCUGGUGGAACCGCUCGCAGUUGGAUGGCAUGCUGUUGCCUCGUCUCCGUUCCAGGAGGGCGAUUCGGCGUUGAUUCUGGGUGGAGGUCCGAUCGGUCUGUCGGUGAUCCAAGCGCUACGAGCACGAGGAUGUGAGAAGAUCAUCGUGUCGGAGAUUUCGGGCAUGCGGAAACAAUUUGCGAAAGACUUUGGCGCGCACUACGUUCUGGACCCGACGAAGGAUGAUAUUGUCAAGAGGUGUUUGGAGCUGACGAACAACAAGGGAGUGGACGUGACAUUUGACGCAGCCGGCGUGCAAGCGGGUCUGGAUCAAGCUGUCAACUCGCUGAAAGCGCGAGGGACGCAUGUCAACAUUGCCAUCUGGGAGAAGCGAGCGACGUUCUGGCCGAAUGAUCUUGUCUUCAAGGAGAGAAAGUAUCUCGGUGUUGCGACAUACGUCAAGGCUGACUUCCAAGCGGUGAUUGAUGCGCUGAGUGAUGGGAGAUUGGACAUGGCGCAGAAGAUGAUCACGAAGCGCAUUGAAAUGGGUGAGGUGCUGGAGGAGGGAUUCCUGACGUUGAUCAACGACAAGGACAAUCAGGUGAAGAUUUUGGUGAAGGGGAGUGGUGAAAAGUAG